AUGGUUGGUUCAGCUUCUGGUUCUACCCCCACUCCGCCCCGAGCGGAGGGGGAGGGCCCUCGGGCCCCCUUGGUGCGUCGUGAUCCUGAGGAGGCAGCUGAGGAGGCCUAUGACGAGUUCAUUCGUGCUGAGUUGGGUGAGGCAGCGGCUAAGCAGGCGGCCGAGAUGGCGAGGCGUUCAGUUGAAGAGUAUAACCGCGUGUUAGAGGAAAGGUCACCCCCUCAAGCGACCCCAACACUGAAGCAUCAAAGUAUGGUUACUGAGUCGGCUGAGGACAACAAGCAGACCGAGUUAUCACAGACGAGAGGCAUGUUGGCGCCUCUCCUCACUGGUCAGACGUUGCAAGUGGUGACCGCCCAGAUGCCGGAAAGAUAUGAUGGAGUCUCCGACCUAAGGAUCUGGUUCCGAAGGUUCGAGGCGGAUGCCAGGGCGGCCGGUUGGAACGAGCACAUGAUGGCCGAGAGAUUGGGUAGCUUCUUCAGGGAUUCCUAUUUUGACACUUGGGAUGAGAACGCUGGCAAGAAGGACUUUGCUGCUGAUCGAGAGAUGAUGUUACAACUCUUUGACCUGAUUCGUCCCGACGAGGCCCUGGAGAAGUUCCACGCCUUAUCUUGGGACGGGAAGGGUCAUGUCAGUCAGUUCAUGGCCAUCUUGAAGCGGGCCCUGGAGGA